AUACAGAUUGUCACUGUCGGCGUCAUUCACCACCAUCAUUGGGCAUGCCUGCAAGAGAGGACGACCGUCAUACCAAGGAGCUGGGCAACCCGAAAGCAUUGGUUGCAGUCUUUCGAACUCAUAUUCUGCUUAACUGACAUGCUCAAAGACCAGGACGCCCUGGCGCAUCGCUUGAUUUAUGAGCACACAGGACACAUCGAGGUGGCCGAGGACGAUGGUCUGCGCGCCACUAGGCUUCCACACUACCCUCGUCCCACGUAUUAG